GCCUGCCCCUCUCUGUGGCAUGUUGUUAUUCCUACUCUGCUUUCGGCUGUGGAUUCGCAUAAGGACCAAAUCCCAAGAGCCAGUACGUCAGCCGCAAAUACAAGAAAGAAGCACUGCUAAUGCCAUGUCCUAGAGACAUCAAAAUAUCAUUCUUAUCGAGCCUUCCAUCUAUAUCUUCAGGGUUAUCCGCCGGCUCCAAUAUCUCUGGAAGGGACCCGAGAUACUGCAGAAAGCACACGUAAGUAUUAGGAUCACAGAAACCGGUCAUGGAAAGCUGAGCCUGUAUUGCUCAGGUAAAAGAUAUUCCAUAUGCCAUACGCACACCAGAAGCAUAUCAAGUUCAUUUCUCGUCCAGGGAGCAUAUCAAGCAACUGGUCCAGGCGCCAGACACCUGUUUGUCACUGCAUGCUUUGGCCAAAGAUGUACGUCCUUCUCUUUAUAUAUAUACAUAUCAUUCAGGACUUAACAAGAGCAGAUGUUUCAGCCCAAAUACACUAUGGACGGCCUAGGAGUGGACGACUGCAUGAGUGCGAACGGCACCGUCCACCAACGAGCCCUCCAAGCCGAGCUGCGAUCCCACCUGCCAGCCCUAAUACACCCCUUGACCGACUGUAUAGCCAGAGCUCUCACAGAGGAGAUAACAGACAGCAAGCCCCUGUCUGGGGGAUGGCACGCACUACAAAUAUUUCCUAUGGCUAAGCGACUGAUUACGGCCACCAACGCCUUGGUCUUCUUCGGUCCAGAAGUAUCAAGUGACCCGGUCUUUCUCAACGCCGCACUCGAGUAUCCCGAGCAUCUAAUGGAAACAGCCGAAGUACUCCGCCUCCUGCCCUCGUGGUUCGCGCCAUUCGUUGCCCCUUACUUAAUGCGCCGCCACAGAGCGCUGAAGAUCCUAUUAGACCGUCUCGUUCCAGUCGUUGAAGCCCGUCUCCCUAACGCCACCACCACCCCAGGACAUACAGACUGCAUCCAGUUCUUCGUCAACGCCGCUGCACGCAAGAACCAGCAGAGCGAAUGGCCGGCCCACCGAAUCGUUCAAGUCCUCCUAGGAAUCUGGUUCGCGUCCGUCCACCAACCUGCAAUGUGUCUCUUCUACGCCCUCGACGACCUCUCCCUCCACCCCGAAUACACCACCGCAUUGCGCGACGAGGUCCGCGCAAUCAACACAGCCCAAGACAUUACCAAUCUCCCUUUACUCAACGGCUUCCUUAAGGAGUCCGCACGCCUCCACCCAACAGAUUCCAUCUCGCUACGGCGUAAGGUCCUCCAACCAUUCACAUUACUCGACGGAACAACGCUGGCGAAGGACGACAUCGCAUGCAUCCCUCUUCGGCCCCUCCUCCAAGACCCAGAGGCCUACACCGACCCCCUCACCUUCAACCCUUACCGGUUCAUGAACCUAGACUGGGAUGCCAAAUCCAGAGCAACCUCUACCUCGGACUUCACAGACGCCGAUGUCACCUUCCCGGUAUGGGGGCUAGGGAAACGGGCUUGUCCGGGUCGGUACUAUGCCUCGCUUCUCCUCAAGCUCAUUCUGGCGCAGGUCCUGCUCCGCUAUGACCUGAGGAUGCUGGACGGGGCGCAGGAAAAGAGGUAUUUCUAUUGGCGUUCUGCGAUUGUUCCGAAGACUGGGGCGAUAUUGCAUUUUCGAGAACGGGCAGAAUACCCAUACGGUAGUUAAACCUGAACCUGAACAACACAUUACAUGAUUCCUUUCAUCAAUAUCAAUACCUCUUGAAACAUAGAUAGAAGGAUGCCAAAUAUCUCCCUUUAUCUGAUCAAAUAGUGCUGCGAUGUAGAGGACAUUGUUCUACGACUCCAGAACAAGACAUCCAUCCCCACUCCCGUGACCCAGAAUAAAAACACCCUACCAAAUCGGGCCCCCGACAAUAGCCACUAACCCAAACCAGAAGCAGCACCACAAUUUAUAACUAAAAAAAAAACAUGACGUAAUCAGACCCAACCACCUCCGACU